AUGUCCAUCGAAGUCGAUUGGGCAACAGCCACCUCUGGUCCAGAUGGAGAAGCUCUGGCGGAACGCAUUCGUUCGUUUGUUCAUGACAAGUUCCAGGAGGUGACAUUGCCGCGCUUCAUACGCUCUGUCCAAUGUCAUUCCUUCGAGUUUGGCACCAUCGGACCCGAUCUCGAGAUCAAAGAUUUCUGUGAACCAUUUUCCGAUUUCUACGAGGAGGAUGAUGACGACACCUCAGCUACCUCCGAGGAGCUCAUCGAGCAAUGGUCCCAUUCUGAUUACGAAGAUGAAAUACAAAUGAGCCAUGCAGCCCAUAGCCCUCACAGCUUCAGUCACCACCCAUACCCAGGCGAGAGAUUUCAACCCUCCGCACUCCGCUCCCCCCUUCCACUGGGCGACCAUCUGAAUCCGCACUUCCUGCCUCGCGCAGGAACCCCAGGGAUCCCAGGCGGCACAUCAAACCUCGGCUACCAUCAUUUAAUGUCACUGGGCGGUCUCUCCGGCACGCAAACCCCUCUCGCAGCCGUCGCAAGUGGCUGGUCAGAUUCAGGCCUGGAUCCCCACAGCAGAGGCACCUACGCUCCACGUCCCUCUAUACACCAGCGACAACAAGCACAAUCCCAGCGCCCAGAACCAGAUCUCGACACGACACACUCAGCCUCCCGUCCCUCCACAGCAAACACACAUCCCUCCCAUCCAUCUAUCGGCCAAAAUACCGGUAGCAGCGGCUCCAACCGAAAUAGCGCUGACCACCCAGCCGAUAUUCCACAACCAUCUGUCGAAUCAGUAAUCGAUGACCCCUCCAUUCCUAUCCCCCGCGCAUGCGCGAACGCCGACCAGACGACGUCCAAGUCCUCUGUCACGCAAAAUACGCCGGAGAUCUUCGUCGGACUUCCUCUGAAACUCAAUGUGACCGGAAUCACCUUCGAUGGUGUCGCCGUCAUAGCGUAUAUACGGAAGCGUGUACACUUCUGCUUCCUCUCUGCCGAAGAUGCGGAUGCGCUACUUGGCUCUGAGAGUCAAGCGUCGAGUGGACAGGUUCCUGGGGAAGACGGACGACCCAAGUCCGGUGCGGAGCAGAAGCGGCAGGGUGGGUUGUUGCAGGAGAUUCGGGUGGAAAGUGAGAUUGGACGCAAGGAGGAUGGGAAACAGGUGCUUAAGAAUGUGGGUAAAGUGGAGCGUUUUGUGCUGGCACAGGUGCGCCGCAUUUUUGAGGAGGAACUGGUUUACCCCAGUUUUUGGACUUUUUUGAUCUAA